AUGAAGUACUCUUUUUUCUCCGCACUACUAGCGGCGGCCUUGAGCUUACCGAGCGCGGUCUACGCACUCGGCUCUUCGUGUUCUUCCCCUCUGGGAGCCGGAACGGCAGCUCCUGGUGACCCGUUCUGGUUGCAGAACAUUGAGCACCAAGGCACCGCUGCCUUCAAUCCUGAUCCUAGCGCCUACCAAGUCUUCAGGAAUGUGAAGGACUUUGGAGCAAAGGGUGACGGUGUGACCGACGAUACCGAGGCUAUCAACAAUGCCAUUUCAUCUGGUUCUCGAUGUGGACAAGGCUGCAACUCCACUACUGUUUCGCCUGCUCUUGUGUUCUUUCCCCAAGGAAAAUACCUCGUCUCAUCACCCAUCAUUGCAUAUUACUAUACCCAGCUGAUUGGAGACGCCCGAAGUCCUCCCACUCUGCUUGCAAGCUCGGGUUUCUCCGGAAUUGCAGUCAUCGAUGCCGAUCCAUAUAUUCCCGGUGGUAACGGCGCCCAAUGGUAUACCAAUCAGAAUAACUUUUUCCGCUCUGUGCGCAACUUCGUCAUUGAUGUGACGCAAGUGCCUGCUGCUACCUCGGCGACUGGUCUGCACUGGCAAGUAUCACAGUCAACGUCUCUGAUCAAUAUCGUGGUCAAUAUGUCAACGGCGUCCGGGAACAAUCACCAAGGUAUAUUUAUGGAGAACGGAAGUGGGGGUUUCAUGGGAGAUCUUGUCUUCAACGGCGGGAAGUAUGGCAUUUGGGUCGGGAACCAGCAGUUCACAGUCCGCAACAUUACUGUAAACAAUGCUGCCACUGCUGUGUAUUCUUCAUGGAAUUGGGGUUGGACAUUCCAAAGGGUCACUAUCAACAAUUGUCAGGUCGGAUUCGACGUUGCCACCGGAGGCUUAAGCCAAUCGGAUCAGACUAGUGAGGCCUUGGCUAUCAUUGACGCCGUUGUCAGCAACACUCCCAUUUUCUAUCGAACGUCGACCGCUAGCAAUGGCAAACUCGGGGGCUCAAUCGUCCUUAACAAUGUCCAGCUAAACAACGUGCCCACUGCCGUCGGUGUCGUGGGAGGCGCGGUCGUCCUCGAGGGCGGAAGUACCACCAUUAGCUCUUGGGGCCAAGGCAACACGUAUAGCGGAACGGGUUCUACAGGCACAUUCGUACAAGGAAACAUCCCGGCUCCUAACAUUGCAUCCAACCUUCUGGACGGUUCCGGGUUCGUGUUUGGAAAGUCUCAUCCCCAGUACGCCGACUAUGCCGUCUCGCAAUUUGUCAGUGUCAAGUCCCAGGGCGCCAAAGGUGAUGGGUCUACCGACGAUACGGCUGCGCUGCAAGCCGUUUUCGAUCAGUACUCUGGCUGCAAAAUCAUAUUCUUCGACGCCGGAACUUAUUACAUCACAUCUACCCUCACCAUUCCCGCCGGCACGCAACUGGUAGGUGAGGCAUGGUCUGUCAUCAUGGGUGGUGGCAGCGCCUUCUCCGAUCAAUCCAACCCGACUCCUGUGGUGCAAGUUGGGGCCUCUGGUUCUAGCGGCGUUAUUGAGAUCACGGACCUCAUCUUCACCACGAAGGCGCAAGCUCCUGGAGCUGUGGUAGUCGAGUGGAACGUCCAGCAAUCGUCGCAGGGUGCUGCUGGCAUGCUCGGGGGAGCUGCAGGCACCAAUCUUCAAGAGCCCGCCUGUGUCGCUGGCGUAGACCCGGCAAACUGCUAUGCCGCAUUCCUUGCUCUUCACAUCACAUCAGGUGCUAGCGCCUAUCUGGAAGGCACUUGGGUUUGGCUUGCGGAUCACGAUCUUGAUGGCGACGGUUACUCACAGAUCUCCCUGGCAAGUGGGCGUGGUGUCCUGUCUGAGUCUGCCGGUCCUGUCUGGUUAAUUGGUACCGCUGAGCAUCAUGUGAUGUACCAGUACGCUCUUAUAGGAGCCAAGAACCACUACUUGGGUCUCAUUCAGACUGAGACACCCUAUUUCCAGCCUGACCCCGCCCCACCGACGCCGUUCACCACGAACUCUGCUUACCACGAUCCCACGUUCAGCGGUUCGCAGUCCGCUUGGGGUCUCUACGUGGAAACCUCUAGCGACAUUGUCAUUUUCGGUGCUGGUCACUACAGCUUCUACGAUAACUACUCUCAGGAUUGCCUGGAUACCAAUACUUGCCAAAGCCAGAUCGUGAAUACCGACUCGGGCUCGUCCAUCCAGAUCUACAGUCUCUCCACCGUAGGGACAACUUACCAAGUCAGCGUGAACAGCCAGGGCAUCGUGAAUCAAGACGAGAACAUCAAUGGGUUCGCUUCCACCGUCACGUAUUGGUCGCCAUCAUGA